UCUUUUCCUCUGUUGACCGUUGGGCGCGCGAGGAAUUUCAAACAUUCAGACAUAAACCAGGACGAAAUAGCCGGGAGAUAUAAUACUGUAGUAACAUAUAGAAGCAAAAAUAACAUAAUUGAGAAAGGGGCACAUUUCACAAAGUAAAAGGGCAAGAAACAAUGGUGUACAAUGUGUCCGGGAACUAAGUGAACUAUAAAAAGAUGCCCCUGCUCCCCGUGCUCAGCCCCAGUGAAGUCCCCAGAGCCAGUCAGUGAUGUUGCAGGACGAGGUGGAAGCCUCUCUGCGGGCAGAGGUAGCUCGCCUCUCCUUGGAGCUGCAGGAGGCUGAGGAGGAGAAGCUGCAGGCGGCUCGCUAUGGGCUGGCCGUGCUGGAGGAGAGCGGAGCCCUGAAACAGAAAUACGCAGACCUGGAAACAGAGCAUGAGGGACUCCGACUAGAGCUGGAGCACCUGAAAGAGGCGCUGGCGGACUCUGUGAGUAAUCGCAAGAAGGUGACUGCAGACGGCGAGAACCGCGAGGAGUCCUUGUUGAAAGAAACCGCCUCCAAGGAGUCUGCCCUGGAGGAGAGGAUCGAGGAGCUGCAGUGUGAGCUGAAACAGAGCCGAGCCGCCCUGAACAGCACCCAGUCUGAGAACGAGCGCUGCAGCACGCUGUGUCACCACUUCAACAAGGAGUGCGAGCGCUUGGAGGCUGAGAGAGGCCAGCUCCGGGAAGACAUUAAAGAGUAUAAGAUCCGAGAGCUGAGACAACUCCAGGACAACACAGAGCUGGAGGAGGAGAACAUCUCUCUACAGAAGCAGGUUUCAGUGCUGAAAGAGAACCAGGUGGAGUUCGAGGCGGUGAAGCACGAGCUGAAGCGGCAUUCCGAGGAGCUGGAGUUGCUGAACGCUCAGCUGGAGGAGGAGGCGCGCCUCCGGGAGAUCUCGGAGAAACAGCUGGAGGAGGCUCUGGAGGCUCUGAAGCAGGAGCGGGAGCAGAAGAACAGCCUGCGCAAGGAGCUCGCCUCCUACAGCCUCAACCCCUUCGACUCACUUGGCAACCUGCAGCUGCACCUGGAUGAGCUGGGGCUGGACCCAAACCUGCCAGUUGAGGAGGAGGAGGAGGAGGAGGGGGACAGCGGCUUCAACAACGGAGCCCCCGUCAAUGGGGAGCGCCACCACCGCAACUCCACCCCCCGCAACAGCGAAGUCUUCCGCCCAGCUCCCAGCCUGGUCUCGGACUUGCUCAGUGAGCUCAACCUCUCCGAGACGCAGAGACUCAGGCAGCAGCUGCUCCAGAUGGAGCAAGAGAAGGCAGGCCUAGCUGGCUCGGUUCAGGAACUGCAGAGGCAGCUGGAGAACACCAAGGGUGCUCUGGCAGAACAGCACUGCAAGACCCACAAACUGGCCGAACAAGUGGAGGCCCUGCAGGGCUGCAAGGCGCUCCUGCUGCAGCGUAGGGGGCACAGCAAGGAGCACUGCACUCACUCUGGGGAGAGUGGGCAGGAUGAAUACUACGAACUGGACGUCAACGGGGCAGAGACACUGGAAUGCCGCUUCAGAGCCGCCAACGGAGAACUGACACGGCUCAGGAAGGACUUGAAAGAGGCCAGGGCCAAAUACUCCGCCCUGGAGAGCAAGUGCAGGCAGGAGAAGGACCGGUGGAGGGGGGAGGCACAGGAACUGGCCGAAAAGAUCCGGCAGUGCAUCAAAUCCAGCCGGCAGGACCAGGAACGCAUCUCUGAGCUGGAAAAGGAGAUCGGAGCCACCCGCAAAGUGGCCACCGAUACUGAAGGCAGCCUGAGCAUGGCCCAGGACGAGCUGGUAGCCUUCUCUGAGGAGCUGGCCUAUCUGUACCACCACAUCUGCAUGUGCAACAACAUGACGCCCAACCGCGUCAUGCUGGAUUACUACAGGGAGGGUCGUGGCAGCCGCAACCCACUCAGGAAACGCAGGUCUUUGGACCUGUAUUCGAAGAGCCUGUUAAACCUGGAUUCCCCCGUCGCGGAAAGUGGGAGCAGCGGCGAGGCCUCUCCAGUAGGGGGCAGCCCAAACUCUCCCACCCUGGACUUCCGGGACCCCUCCAACGUGAAGAGCUUGAUAGCCGUGGUACGCAGACAGAUAAAGCACCUACAGGUGGCAGUGGAGCUCUCGAGGCAGCGAGACACUCUACCUGCCUCCUUCCCUGAGGCAGAGCGGGAUGGGGAGGAUCUCCUGGAGGAGGUGCUGAAACUGAAGUCUCAGCUCAGCACCAAGAGGGAGCAGAUCGCCACGCUCAGGACUGUCCUCAAGGCAAACAAGCAGACAGCGGAAGUGACCUUGUCCAAGCUGAAGAGUAAGUAUGAGAGCGAGAAGACGCUGGUUUCGGAGACCAUGGUGAAGCUGCGCAAUGAGCUGAAGGCCCUGAAGGAGGACUCCGCCACCUUCUCCUCUAUGAGGUCCAUGUUUGCCAGCAGGCAUUUAAAGCGAAAACAUCCUUCUUAUUCAUACAGAGUAUGGGAAGUUCCCGAAGCUCAGCGCAGCUUCCCCUUCUAGCUCACAGCCACCUGUUGCAGUAAAUGUUU